UCCGAUGUUAUAACUUAUUCAAGUACUCCCACCAGUACUUACUGAUCUCUGAUCAGCAGGAGGGGCUUGGAAAGGGACGAUCAUACUGGAAAGUGUCUAUAGGACUGUCAUACUGUAAUUUGUUCAUCACACCAUAACUCAAUGGCUCGCGCUCUACCUACGCCGCCGUCUCUACCGACAUCUCCUCCGGCAGCUACUCCUCCUCGACCUGUACCUGCUACUCCUCCGCCUCGCAUUGCAUCUGCUACUCCUCGACCCGCACUACCUCCUCGCACAGCUACUCUUCCUCGACCUAUACCUGUUACUCCUCCUCCUAGAAUUGCAUCUGCUACUCCUCCUCGACCCGCACUACCGACACCACCGACAGCUAAUAAUACUCCUUCCGGAUCAUUUAGCAAAAAACGCAACUUCAAUCUUCAGCUGCCUACGCCUCCCUUGUCUAUUGCAUCUCCUCCUACCAGCUCUUUACCUUUACCACCGCUUCCAACGCGUAACGCGCCAGGCCAGCCUUCACGUCCAAAGCACAUACUAUCUAUCGACGUACAUAAUGCCCAGCCUCAUAAUACUGGCUUGAGUCUUUCGAAUCAAGGUCCCUUUGGUCGUGGCGCAGUGGGUCUCGGGUCAGGCCUACCUCCAAUUUCGGCCAGCGUGUUGAUGACGCCUGAAAGUUCGACGACACAGAGGCAAAAUCUGCAGGCGGCGUUAACUACGGCGUUAGAGCAAAUGCAAGUUAACGAAAGAAGGCCUGCGCUGUCGUCUUCUUCGUCAAGCAUGACUCUGAUUAGUAGUGGCCUUGCAUCUAAUGGCAGCGACGUUUCAAUCACCUCAUCUAUGUCUGCAGCUACAACUGCGGAAUCAGCAGAUUGCCGCAGUCUUUCUGAUCGCGACCGCGUACUUAACACUGGGCCGCUGCAGGAGGAUGAUCUCCGAAAUCUGGCGGAGUUGGGAAUGGGUAACGGGGGGAGUGUGAUGAAGGUUCAGCAUGCUGCUAGUGGAGUAAUCAUGGCGAAGAAGAUCGUUCUCAUUGACGCCAAACCAUCCAUUCGCAAACAGAUCUUACGAGAACUGCAUAUAAUCCAUACAUGCUCUUCGCCAUAUAUCGUUUCCUCCUUCGGCGCCUUUAUUUCUGAACCCAAUAUUUGCAUUUGCAUGGAAUAUAUGGACAAGGGUUCUUUUGACUCAAUCUACAAAUCUAUCGGACGUUCAAAAUUCAACGGUCACUCUACGACUGGGGAUGCAGGUGCUGAGGAAUCGACUGAAGGCCCAAUACCUAUUUGUAUAGUCAGACAGGCGGCGAAACGAGUUUUAGGGGGAUUAGUUUAUUUAUAUGAGGCUAUGGGCGUAUUGCAUCGGGAUAUUAAGCCAAGCAAUAUUUUGCUGAACUCGGAAGUCAAACUUUGCGACUUCGGCGUGAGUGGCGAGUUAGAAAAUAGUGUCGCAAAAACUUUUGUAGGGACAAGCGUAUAUAUGAGUCCUGAACGGAUCCAAGGUUCCGACUAUUCAGUCAAGUCGGAUGUUUGGAGUUUAGGAAUUACCUUGAUCGAGCUUGCCCAUGGAUGUUUCCCGUUCGCCGAUACGGAGGUGGAUGAUAGUCCAUUAGACUCAGCUGCCCCAUCCGCCACACUCUCCCCAACGACGCACGCCAGACGCAGUCGACGUAAGUCAAAAGGGGUUUCGGUUCACGGUGGCGUCGGUACACUUUCCAUUCUGGAAUUAAUGCACCACAUCGUACGGGAACUGCCACCGGCGCUAAUUACCCCUUCGAUACCGCAUUCCAAGGAUUUUGGUGAGGAUAUAUCGCUCUCUGGAUCGAAUAAAAAUUGACAUUCUUAUGACUAUCGUAUACGUCAACUCCACUACAACGCAUUCCAACUUUAAUCAACGUUCCACUGACCUCGAACAG